CUUCAGAGCGCUACAUCCCACUAUGCUUUGCGAUGGGUCUGACAAGUGGAUCCAAGAUGGCGUAGAAAGUAAAGCUAGGUGGUUUGUCCCUAAGUCAUGGCGGACAGGAGAGCGGAGAAGUCAUGUGAAGAAGCCAGUAGAUCGUUAGCCCGGCGGGAGUACGAGGCGGUUGUGAGCCACAGCUCGGCUGCUCUGGUGGCACUCGCACCCCAAACCUCAGUGAGCCCCAGUCCUCCAGCCCUCAGCACUCCCCUCCGCAGUCCUCCGGCCCUCAGUGCUCCCCUCCGCAGCCGCGCCCUGCUGUACCGCAUCGCUGCCUCGCUGCAGCUAAAAAAAUAUGAGGAAGCUGAUGAAGACUGCAAACAUGUCCUGGCAGAAGAUGUGUCCAGGGGAGAUGGUUCUCUUCAGGCCAGCCUGCGUGCCAUGCUGUUGGAUGGCAGCCUGCAGGAGGUGGCCAGCAUCCUCUCAAAAGCCUUGUAUGGAGAAGCACUGAAUGGAAUAGUUUCAAGAGACCUAACUAGGUUAAAAAUGCUCUUCUCAGAAGUAGAGGCUGUAAAUACACAAAUGGCGCCAGAAUACACUGAAGACCAAGAUGAAGAGCUCCAAGAUGGCUGGCAGUUCCGCCCUCCGCCUCGAGGAGUCACCAGCAGUGAGGAGUACACCCUCUGUAAAAGGUACUUGGAGCAGGGCCUGUGUAGGUAUGGAGCCCAGUGCACAUCGGCCCAUUCUCAGGAGGAGCUGAUGGAGUGGCAGAAACGCUACGCCUCACGUCUCAUCCGCCUCAAACAGCAACAGGAGAGCAAGCACUUCACGGAGAACUACAUGGAAACACUGAUAGAAAAGUGGAUGAACUCUCUCUCGCCUGAGAAAGUGCUAAGUGACAGUCUAGAAGGAGUGAAUGUACAAACCAGCUCCACUCUCUCUGUUACUGUCACUACCAAAAAAUCCUCCCACUCCUGGACCUUCUCCUUGUUGUGCAAGCCCGCUAGAAAGUUGCACAGGAUCGCCUUGCUCUAUGAUGCACACCGGCCACACUUCUCCAUCACUGGAGUUUCAGUGGAGGAACAGCUUCAGUCAGUCGCUCCAGGGUGCCAGGAGUGGACUUCGGGAGAAGAAGCAUCAGAUAAUGGCCUUGACCACUGUGUCUACAAGGUCGCAGUUGGUUUUACCACAGAGAUCUUUGGUACCUUUCGACAGACAGUAGUCUUUGACUUCGGGUCAGAACCUGUACUUAUGCAAAGAAUAAUGGUGGAUGCAGCCUCAAUUGAAGAUCUUGAACAUCUCAUGGCUGCAAGACAGCAGCUUCUGAUGACAGCAAAACGCUGGGAUGCUUCGUGUAAGACCAUUGUUGAAUUCACGCCCAAUGAGACGAUGGCGGAUAUGGAGCGCAGCCUCCUGUCGCGUUACCAGAUCCCCCUGUCAGCCGACCAGCUUUUCACUCAGUCUGUAAUGGACAAAACUCUCACCAAAGACAACUACCAAGCCCGGCUGCAUGAUCUGCUCUAUAUAGAGGAGAUUGCACAAUACAAGGAAGUUAGCAAAUUCAACAUUAAAGUCAACCUCCAGCUCGUCACAAGUUUUAUGCUCACAGGCAUUUCAGUCGGAGCGAAGUAUGCCCAAAAUGGACAACUUUUUGCACGCUUCAAACUGACAGAAACAUUGUCUGAGGAUACAUUAGCGGGGCGCUUAGUUAUGACCAAGGUGAAUUCAGUCCUUGUUUUACCAUUGGGCCGCGAGGGUGCCAGCUGCCAACCACCGCCUGGGGUCAAAGAGCGUGUCUAUGAGGCUGUGAUUGAGGAGAAGACCAAGGACUACAUCUUUCUUAGGAUCUGCAAGGACUGCUGUGACGAGCUAGGGCUGCAACCAGACAGGGAAAUACAGGUGGAGCUUCAGUUCCAGCUGAACAGACUGCCACUGUGUGAAAUGCAUUAUGCUCUGGACCGCAUCAAAGACAACACAAUUCUGUUUCCUGAUGCCAGCCUUGUCCCAACAAUCCCCUGGAGCCCCAACAGGCAGUGGGAUGAACAGCUAGACCCUCGCCUGAAUGCCAAGCAGAAAGAAGCUAUCCUGGCCAUCACCACCCCCGUGUCUGUUUCCCUGCCCCCUAUCCUCAUCAUUGGGCCCUAUGGCACAGGCAAGACCUUCACCCUGGCCCAGGCUGUCAAGCACAUCCUUCGCCAGGACAAUACCAGGGUCCUCAUCUGCACACACUCCAACAGUGCAGCUGACCUUUACAUUAAGGACUACCUUCAUCCUUAUGUCGACGCAGGAAAUGCACACGCCAGACCUCUCAGGGUAUAUUUCAGGAACCGCUGGGUGAAGACAGUGCACCCGGUCGUCCAGCAGUAUUGCCUCAUUUCGGGGACACACCUCACUUUCCAGAUGCCCACCAAGGAGGAUGUUCUGAGACACCGCGUCAUCGUAGUCACCCUCAGCACCUCCCAGUACCUCUGCCAGCUCGACCUAGAGCCAGGGCUCUUCAGUCAUAUCCUCCUCGAUGAAGCGGCCCAGGCGAUGGAGUGUGAGACGAUCAUGCCUUUUGCUCUAGCUAACAAAUCCACCCGGAUUGUGUUGGCUGGAGACCAUAUGCAGCUCAGUCCCUUUGUAUACAGUGAGUUUGCUCGAGAGCGUAAUCUACAUGUGUCCCUGUUGGAUCGGCUCUAUGAGCACUACCCUCUAGAGUUCCCCUGUCGCAUUCUUUUGUGUGAAAACUACAGGUCCCACGAAGCUAUUAUCAACUACACAUCAGAAUUAUUUUAUGAUGGGAAGUUGAUGGCAAGUGGGAAGCAGCCAUCACAUAAGGACUUCUAUCCGCUGACAUUUUUCACAGCCAGAGGAGAAGAUGUACAGGAGAAGAACAGCACUGCCUACUACAAUAAUGCAGAGGUUUUUGAAAUCGUGGAGCGAGUGGAGGAGUUGAGAAAAAAGUGGCCUGUUGCAUGGGGCAAGUUGGAUGAGGGCAGUAUCGGAGUGGUAUCACCUUAUGCCGACCAGGUGUUUCGGAUCCGAGCUGAACUCCGAAAGAAGAGAAUGCAUGAAGUCAGUGUGGAAAGAGUUCUCAACGUUCAAGGUAAACAGUUCCGAGUGCUGUUCCUGAGCACUGUGCGGACCCGACACACCUGUAAGCACAAACAGACUGCCAUCAAGCGGAAAGAGCAGCUUGUGGAGGAUUCAACAGAAGAUCUGGACUAUGGGUUUCUCUCAAACUACAAACUCCUGAAUACAGCUAUAACCAGAGCACAGUCCCUGGUCGCUGUGGUGGGAGACCCCAUAGCGCUGUGCUCUGUUGGCCGCUGCAGAAAGUUCUGGGAGCACUUUAUUUCCAUCUGUCACCAAAACUCCAGUCUCCACGGCAUCACCUUUGAGCAGAUCAAGGCUCAGCUGGAGGCUCUGGAGCUGAAGAAGACCUAUGUCCUUAACCCACUGGCCCCAGAGUUCAUCCCACGCGCUCUGAGACCUCUGCAGGGGCACCACUCUGCCCCCCAGCCCCUCCACCCACACCACCAUCAUACUCUGCCUGUGUCCAACAAGCAGCAACUGCAGUCACAGCAGUCACCACCUAAGGGAAAGCAUUCAAAUCAUUCAGACCACCUUCCACCUGACGGAUAUGUUCAACCCAAUCCAGCCGUGCUCAUGGGAAACCCUAUCAGAGCAUUUACACCACCUUUGGGUUCCACACAGACCGGUAUUGGCAAAUCCCCCAGUCCAGUUCAGAGGAUAGACCCUCACACUGGAGCCAGCAUCCUCUAUGUCCCGGCUGUGUAUGGAGGGAUCAUGCCGAUGCCUCUCCCUUUGCCAUGGCCGAGCUAUCAGAACCGCUUUGCUGUGGACCCCCGCAUCAUGAACCACCCGGCCGCCAUGCAUGCCUACAACUUAAACCUGCUGCAAGCUCCAAACAGAGGCUCCCCCAUCCCAUACCCAGGGGUAGCCCACCCCUCUCCUUUGGGAAUGAGUCAGCCCAGUCCAGAUAAAGAAAUACAGGCUGAACCUAUCAGAAAUGGCAAAUUGGAUAACUGUCCAAAGUCAGAACAAAACCGUCUGCAUACACCAGAACGAAAAAGUGUUGACAUGAAGGAAAAACAGGGGGAAUUAGACGUUAGCCCAAAUCGGAACUUAGACUCUCAAACAGACACCCUUGGUUUUCACAAUGCAAUGGUUCAAAGAAAAGACUCCUCCACUGCCCAAAGAAAUAUGAACUACCAUUUAGCCCCGCCCAAUGCUGGCUUUGCCUCUCAUUCCACCAGCGGGCGACCUUUCCCCCCACAGUAUCUGUCCAGGCUUCCUUACAGGGUCCAGCACCCACCACAACAGCAGCUCAGUCCUGCAUACAGCAGUAAUAACCACACCGCGUCAUUCUUCAGUGGGCCCAUGGGUCCUCACAGGGCUGUUCACUCCCCCACUACAGAUGGGACAGAGUCUGCGGGUGCGGAAGAUGGUCCCAUUAGGACUUCAAUGGGAUCUGCAGGGCACCAUCCAGGCCUGUCCCAUAACCACAGGGUCAACAGUUUUGGUGAGGACGUUCAGGAUGGAGAGAAUGUGGAUCUCCAAAAUCCCAUUUCUCUUGAAGCACUGAACCAGCAGCAGCAGGCAGCACGGCUGGGCCAGUGGGGCGAGGCAGCAGGAGCUCUCCUCCAAGGCCCUGUGGCCUUCCCCAUGCCCCAGCCCCUCCCUCACCUUCCUCAGCCCGCUUUGGCCCGCCUCCCACCUCACCUACUCCGCACCGCUGGAUGGGGCAUUAGUGCCAACGCAGAGGAGGAAGCAGUUCCAUCUGCCACUGCUGGGCCACCUUUCAACAGAUACCCAGGCCUGUUGAGAGAGAUGCCUCCACAAGAGCAGCCUGACUCCAGGGAUGUGUCGGAGCUGCAGCCCCCGCCUCAGUCGCGUUUGCUGCAGUACAGACAGUCCCGGGCCUCAGCCGACCCCUCCGCCCUCCUGACACCCACUUCAAACCACGUCAACAUGUUCCCCUCAGGAGCCUAUCCCCAUGAUGCGGGCCGCGCCCCUCUCACUGACACUGUCCUGAACAACCCUCUACAUCAGCAGCAGGUCAAUCACCUCUUUAACAGUGAAGGAUUUCCUCCUCAGUCUCAAACCUCUGAUUCCCCACCCGCCCAUGUGAAAUACCUGAUGCAGGAGCCACAGUGGCCCAUGGGAGCAGCUGCUGCCACAAGCCCUCCACAGCACAAUAGUAUUCUGGGUAACCAAGGCCACAGACUUCCCUAUGGACUGCCCAUGAUGGCACACGCCAGCAGACAGGAGCAGAUUCAUCUGAUGCAACUCCAGCAGCAGCAGCAGCAGCAGCAGAGCCAGAGCCCAGAGCAGGAGUCCUACCACUCUCUGUCCCCUCGGACGUCAGCACCCACAGCUCUGCACAGUGUAGAUGAGUAUGAGCCUCGAGGUCCAGGUCGGCCUCUCUAUCAGCGCCGGAUCUCCUCAAGUUACCCAGAAGACACCUCUCUGCCGCCGCAGUCCUGCGUUCCUGGAUCCCAUGUCCCGCACCUACAGCACCCACAUGGUCCCCAUCCAUUCCCCUCUCACAAGCCCUGGCCAGCCAAUGGAGGUGGUCCCAGCCCCUACCAGAAUGUUCCCUGUAAUGGAGCUGGAACACUUGGUCAGCAUCGGGACCUUUUAGUGUCUAAAGGGCACCGCCCCAGUGAGGAGCAGAUGAACGCAGAGGCAGCAGCUCAGACACACCUCCAGCACCUUGGACAGUUCCCUCCCCUCAUGCCCAAUAACAAAGCUCCACCUCCCCAGGCUCCCGUAGAAUCAGGUCCUCACCCACACAAACCCCCCACAGGUGAGCUGGGCCAGGCUCCUCACUUGAGCAAGGCCCCCACCAUGUCGUACGCCAGUGCCCUGCGUGCCCCGCCCAAACCCAGAGCGGCCCGGCCCGAGUUGAAGAAGAACAGUGACCCUCUGUCUCUACUGCAGGAGCUCAGUAUAAGAGGCUCCAAUAGUAGCAAUGGGUACUACUCAUACUUCCCCAUGUCAGAGUGUCACCUCCCCCCACCAAACAAAUAAGUGUGAAAAAUAGAUAUAAAAAUUGAAAAAUGUUUCUUUUAAAA